AUGCAUCACAAUCCAAUACGUACGGCACUGGCCCGUGCCUUCCAGAUCCCCUUCCGACCUACACCCAUGCCACAGUCGACUUUCUCAAGUCUCCGACAACCAAUACCUUCUGCGUCCUCAUCAGCACCGUUCUCCACCUCAUCACCUCUUCUCAAGAAGAAAGGAAAAGGCAACCGUCCCGACAGGAGAAUAACACUAAUCCGCCAUUUCCUCCACCACCCCACCACCCUCACGCCCCGACCCCUGCGCUUCUCCCGCAACCGCGCCCUGCGCCACUGGACCAUCCAGCGCGCCUGGUCUCUGUACUACCACGGCCGGCGCAAGUCUCGCGAGCAGGAGCUCAUGCGCCAGUUCCAGGCCAUGCACGCGGCCAACGAGGAAUUACGCACGGGCGUCGGCGAUGGAGGGAAGUUGUUCAGGCGCGCCAUGAUGAAGACGGGCACCUGGAGUAUUCCUGAGAGGGGUGGGGGCGUGCCCAUCGAGUAUGCGCGGCCGCUGGCCGAGUGGGUGGGCUCGACGGGCGGGUUGGGGGCAGGGAGUAAGGCGCGGAUUUGGGAUGAGGGGUGGAAGAGGUGGAAAUGA